AUGACGUCAUCACCCCAGGUGCGCGUGGAGGACUUCCCUGUCAUGCCCUGUGAGGUCACCGGGUUCCACAUCAAGCCCUUCGGCUUCUUCUCGGGCAACCCGUCUGUGGACAUCCCCCCGGGCCCGAACAAGGCCAGCACGCUGGCGGGUAAGAGCACAUGCUGCGCGCACGCCAAUGGCGCCGCCAACGGCACGGUCAACGGGACGGUCAACGGGGCGGUCAACGGCGCCAACGGGCAUGCGUGA